GAUUGUUAUCUACAGAGAAAGAGAUCCACCCCUGGGUGUAGCUGGCUUCACCGAAGAAUAGAAGUUAAUAGCUGCUCCCAACAAUGGCCUCCACUCUCUAUUUGUCACCCAGUGGCUGAAUAUAAAAGAGGUCUCAGAGCAAAAUGCCAAGCAGAUGAAUGCUUCUGACUGCUUGAUACCUUGGGGUCUUCUACAAGAAACCAUUGCUUGAUUCAACAUCAUGAGCAUUUCUCACCUAAGCAACAGAGCUGAGAGCCAUUUCCAGGCACAAGAAGAACAUGAACUGGAAACUCUAGGGAAGAAAGCAUGGGACAACCCAGUUUACAACGGAUCCCCUUCCUCCUCCUCCCUGAAAAUCAGAGCGAUCUACAACCCAAAAUCCAUUUUGGAAAAUCCCUAUGAGAAUAUUGAAAAAUUGACUGGCUCUCUAUCCUACCCACAGGAUAGAAAGACCACAGAGGAAGCUAGGAAGAAGGAAACCCCCUUCCCAGGAUGCUGCUACUAUGUCUUCAAAGGCAUCCGAGGGCUUUGGGGCACAACCUUGACCGAAAAUACCAGUGAGAACCGAGAGCUUUAUGUAAAGACUACACUGCGUGAACUUCUGGUCUAUAUUGUAUUCUUAGUGGACAUCUGUUUGUUGACCUAUGGGAUGACGAGUUCAAAUGCCUACUACUAUACCAAGGUGAUGUCUGAACUCUUUCUGCAGACUCCUUCAGAAAGUGGUGUCUCCUUCCAGACCAUUGGAAGUAUGGCUGACUUUUGGCGAUAUACACAAGGACCUUUCCUGGAUAGUUUGUAUUGGACUAAAUGGUAUAACAAUAAAUCUUUGGGUCACAAUGCACAAUCAUAUAUCUAUUAUGAGAACUUACUGCUUGGUGUCCCACGGCUACGCCAACUCAAGGUCCAGAACAACUCAUGUGUGGUGCAUGAUGAUUUUAAAGAAGAUAUUGCUGGUUGUUAUGAUGUAUACAGUGAGGAGAAAGAGAACACAUUACCCUUUGGACUCUUGAACGGGACAGCGUGGCAAUAUUACACAGAGCAAGAACUUGAUGGCUCUUCCCAUUGGGGCAGAUUAACAAGUUACAGUGGAGGAGGCUAUUAUGUAGACCUCAAAAUAACCCGGGAAGAAAGUGCCGAAACUCUGCAAGAGUUGAAACAAAAUCUAUGGCUGGAUCGAGGAACUCGUGUUGUUUUUAUGGACUUCUCCGUGUAUAAUGCCAACAUCAACCUGUUCUGUGUGCUCAGGUUGGUAGUGGAAUUCCCUGCCACCGGGGGUGCCAUUCCCUCAUGGCAGAUCCGGACCGUGAAACUCCUCCGGUAUGUCAGCACUUGGGAUUUCUUCAUUGUCUCUUGUGAAAUUGUCUUCUGCAUCUUUAUCUUCUAUUAUAUUGUGGAAGAAAUCUUGGAACUGCGCAUCCACAGGCUUCAGUACUUCACCAGCAUCUGGAACAUUUUGGAUAUUGUGGUCAUUUUGCUUUCUGUUUUAGCCAUUGGAUUCCACAUUUUUCGUACCAUUGAAGUCAACAGGUUGAUGGGGCAGCUGCUAAGAAAUCCCAACAUCUACGCGGAUUUUGAAUUCCUGGCUUUUUGGCAAACCCAGUACAACAACAUGAAUGCUGUGAACUUGUUCUUUGCCUGGAUCAAGAUAUUCAAAUAUAUUAGCUUUAACAAAACAAUGACCCAGCUGUCUUCCACUCUUGCUCGAUGUGCCAAGGACAUCCUGGGUUUUGCCAUCAUGUUCUUCAUUGUCUUUUUUGCCUAUGCUCAACUGGGCUAUCUCCUUUUCGGAACCCAAGUAGAAAACUUCAGCACCUUUGUUAAAUGCAUCUUCACACAAUUUCGCAUCAUUCUUGGUGAUUUUGACUAUAAUGCUAUCGACAAUGCCAACAGAAUCUUAGGACCCAUCUAUUUCGUCACUUAUGUCUUCUUCGUCUUCUUUGUCCUGUUGAACAUGUUUCUGGCUAUCAUUAAUGACACCUACUCAGAAGUAAAAGAGGAACUUUCAAACCAGAAGAAUGAACUGCAGCUAUCAGACAUCCUGAAACAGGGCUAUAAUCGGACACUGAUGAAGCUGAAGCUGAAAAAAGACCGAAUUUCUGAUGUGCAGAAAGCUUUGCAGAAAGGAACCAAAGAGCUGGAAUAUGAAGACUUUAAGAACAGUUUGAGAGAGCUGGGUCACGCAGAACAUGAAAUCACAGAAGCCUUUGCAAAAUUUGAUAAAGAUGGCAACCAGAUCCUUGAUGAGGAAGAGCAAAAGAGAAUGCGGAAUGAUCUGGAGGAGAAGAAAGUUGCUCUGAAUGAAGAAAUCGAAAAUUUGGGGAAAUCCUUCAGGGACAAUACUUUAGACAAUACUCUUGGUUUUGCAGAGGCAAAGAAUAAUCAAGCAAACAAAACCGGCAGAAUUUCUGAGGAAGAAUUCCAAAUACUCCUGCGGCGAGUACUAAAGUUGGAGAAUUCUGUUGGUGGCAUCAUAUCCAAGACAGAAGCCUUGGUAAUUAAAUUGGAAGACCUUGAAAGGAGCAAAAUGAAGAAAAAAGACUCGGUACCUGAGGGAGAACAGCUGAUUCAAGAAAAUCUGGCUCCACGGACGGCUGAACGUGUUCUUGCAGAAGAGAGUGGAUUGGAAGCAGCCCAUGUGCAAGAGAAUUAUAUCAGUGUGAAUUCUCUGAAUAGGAGUCAGGGGGUCUACCCCCUUCUGUCCAGAUUAGACCUAUUAAACUCUCAAACUCCCAAGACCAUCCAGUUCAAAUCUAACAGGAACUUCUAGCUUAUUCCUAAAUAGAUGUGGCAUUAAUUAUCCUUGCUUUUUCACUAUACUUAGACUAGUAAAGCAUUUAGUUAUGUCUUCAUCCUGCCUGUAAGAAAAGGAGCUUUUGGGGUAGGGACCCCAUUUAUGUCAGAACUGAGUGGGCAAGCAGUUCUUUUAACCUCUUUCUAAACUCUACUAGUCUAUAGUUGGGUGAUUGAUGCAGAAGGGACAAAAUAUGAAGGCCUUGGCAGAUUUAUCUAGAGUAUUUGGCCGUAUAUGACCAAAUGAAAUUAAAAAGGAAACAUUCUCUGGGUUUUAAAAUGUGGGUUCAUUUGGUUUUAAAUCACCAACUGGAUUCAAAUUUUGCACUAGAUUUUAAAACUUUUACAGUAAUCUCUGUAUUUGGCGUUGUCAGAAUAUGCAGAAGGAAUUUUUCUGCGCAGGUUUGUAGGAAAACCAAGUCCAUAUUAGAAAUUGUAAUUAGUUGGUAUAUUGUUAAAAUAAUAGAGCAAGGAUUCAAAUAUUCAAGUGAUAAUUCUGAAAGCUGGCUAAAGAUCUGUAUAAUGAUUAGCAUAUUAAAUGGUCUGAUUUAAAUAUAAUUUUCUGAUAAUGUAGUCAGUAGAUUAUGAUCAU